ACAGUUAAGAAAAAAUUUUCAUCAGUGUUCUUCUCGUUAUUCAAGUGAUUGAGUUGAUCCUUGCAGUUUAAAAUUCGCAUAAAAAAGGAUUAUUUAUAAGUGAAAAUUUUUGCACAAUGAAAUCCUUAUAUUUACUUUCAAUUGCGCUGAUGUUAAGCGUAGUAGCAGCCAGACCACAAGGACCAAAUGAUCCCAUUCCAAUUAUUAGACAAGAACAAGAAGUAAACUUUGAUGGAUCCUAUAAGUACUCUUAUGAAACUGGUAAUGGUAUCAUAGCUGAAGAGGAAGGCUAUCUUAAAAAUGCCGGCACCGAUGCAGAAGGACAGCUUGCACAAGGCUUCUUCUCAUAUACCUCACCUGAAGGCAUACCAAUACGUUUAACAUAUUUAUCAGAUGAUGGUGGGUUCCAACCACAAGGUGAUCAUUUGCCCACACCACCUCCAAUUCCACCAGCAAUACAAAAAGCUUUAGCUUACUUGGCCACUGCUCCACCACCGCAAGAUCAACCACGUCCAUUUGGUGGACAAAGAGGUUAAAACUUCUUGAAUUAAUUUUCAUAAAAAUGCAAAGUUAAUGGAGAAAUAAUAUGAGAGGGAUCGAAAGCGAGGGAGCUGAGAACACACACAAAAUUUUCGAAGUACGAAUAAACACCUAUGCUGCCACUAUGAAUUUUUUUUUCAGUGAUAUAGAACUAUAAACUACAUAAUUUUAAUAUAUUAUUUUUAGGAAAUAAAAAUUUAUAUAUAUAAAAUUAUUAACAAUAUAAAAACAACAAAAAAAUUUUAAAAAAAUGUAUAAUAAAAUAUAAAA